AUGGUCACUGGAUCUUGGUCUUCCUCAUUCCUUGCUGACUACCAAUCCCUGUCUCACAGACUUCCUCCCUUUUUAACAUUACCAAAUUUUCUGCAUCUUCUGUUUCCUCCUUUGCAUUUGUCUCUCUAUCCCUCUCUCUCCUUCUCUCUCCCUCUCUCUCUUUGGAAUUUAAGAGUCUACCAAAAAGACAGUGGGCUGCAACUCCGCUUCUGCCAUAAUUGUCAGUACCGCUGCAGCCAAGUGACAGCAACAGAUUCCCAAAGUCUUCCUCGUUCCUCCCAACAACACCCCACUCCUGAGUAUGGAUUAGACAUUUCUCUGAAAAUUCUUUUUACUGAAAUUAAUUCUCUUGUUGGAACACACUGCAACAACUUGUUAUCAGCUGAGACUCCUUCCUGGACUUUUACAAACAGAAGACUAGAAGCAAAGCAGCUUGCAGAUAAACCAGCACAACUAGGGCCUGGCCCUCAACAGCUACUACUACCGCUACCUCAACCGGGUUGGGAAUUACGCGAUGCUCAGGAACAGGGUCAAGUUCCCAUCCUUCCUAUUAGGAAGGGCCCAUCUCCAAGUGCCCCCAGUUCCCCAUCAAAAACUACUGCAGCAGGUAUUGCCAAAGGUUUAUUGUCCGGGCCAAAGGCCACUGUCAACAAAGACAGAUCUAAAUCAUUUUCUCUCUCUUUCUCUCUCUCUCUCUCUCUUUCUCUCUCUCUCUCUCUUCUUUCUUUCUUGAUUUAUGUUGCUUUCAUUCUCUCUUUCUCUAUCUUGGCCUGUUUCUCUUUCUUUUUUACUUUCAGUUUAUUUCUUUCAUUUUCUCUUUCUCUCUCACAACUGAUUCCACUUUCUUUCUUUUUUCUUUCUUUCGGUUUAUUCCUUUUAUUCUCUCUUUCUCUUUCACAACCUGUUCCUCUUUCUUUCUUUCUUUCUUUCUUUCUUUCUUUCUUUCUUUCAGUUUGUGCCUUUCAUUCUCUCUUUCUCUCUCACAACCUGUUCCUUGCUUUCUUUAUUUCUUUAUCACAGUCUGUUUGUACGUCUUCCUUUCUUUCAUCCUGUUCUCUCUCUCUCUCUCUCUCAGUAUUUUCUAAUUUGUCUCUGUCUCUGCCUCUCUAUUACAGUAUGUCCCCAUCUCUUCCUCUCAAUCUUUUUAUAUCUCCCUAUUUUGCAAUCUGCUUCCAUCUCUCUUUCUUUAAGUCUCUUUUCAUUUGUCUCUCUCUCUCCCCAUUUCCUGUUGUCUUACCAUACAUCCCUUUCUUUCUCUCUUCUAUUUCUCUUGCUUUUCUCUCUCUCUUGCUUUCCCCUCUCUCUCUCUCUCUCUCUUUUGCUCCCCUCCUUGCCUUUCAUUAUCACACUGUCUCUUUCUUGAAUUUUCUCUUCCUCUCUCUCCUUGGUUUGUUUGUUUGUUUCUUUUUUUCUUUGUACUUUGUUUCUUUAUUUCUUUAUCUUGCCUCCCUUUCUUCCUUUCUCUUACUUAUCUCUCUUUAUAUUCUUCCUUUUUUCUUUUGUCUCCAUUUCUUUCUCUUACACUUGCUUCUCUUCUUUCUUUCUUUCUUUCUUUCUUUUGCCUUCCUUCCUUUAUCUCUCUCAACUUCUCUUUCUCAUUUUCUUGCUUCAUUCUUUCUCUUUUUUUUUCUUUCUUUUGCAUCCUUUUCUUUCUUUCCUUCUCUCACUUCUUUUUCAUCCUUUUCUUGCUUCUUUCUCUCCUUCUUUCUUUCUUUUGCCUCCCUUUCUCUCAUUUCUUUUUCUUUAUCUUGCCUCCGUUUCUUCCUUUCUCUUGUUUUUGUCUCUUUAUACUCUUUCUUUCUUUUUUCUUUUGUCUCCCUUUCUUUCUCUUCUCUUCCUUGCUAUCUAAUCUUUCUUUUGCCUUCCCCCUCUUUCUCUUUCUCUAUUCUUUCUCAUUUUCUUGCUUCUUUCACUUUCUUUCUUUCUUUCUUUCGCAUCAUUUUUUCUUUCCCUCUUGCACUUCUCUUUUUCCUUUUGUUGCUUCUUUCACUUUCUUUCUUUCUUUCUUUCUUUCUUUCUUUCUUUCUUUCUUUCUCAUAUUUAUUCCCUUCCUCUUUUCUCCCAUCCACCUGA